AUGUCUGAUCAUCUGACUAGAGAAUUGCUGGAAGAAAUUUUGUCAAGAUUGCCAGUGAAGUCAAUCCUCAUAUGCAGGUGCGUUUCCAAGACUUGGUACUCUUUAAUCACCAACCCUUCUUUCAUAGCCCACCAUCUCAAGAAAACCGCUGCAAGAAACAGUGGAAUACUUUUCUUUAGUUACAGCACCAGAGCACUUGUUUGGCCAUUUAAAGAAAAUGUGCGUUAUUUGCUAUACCCAGAUGAGUCUUUCCCUGCAAACCCUAUUGAAGAACUUGAUUACCCAUUUAAAGACUUAAAGCGUUUUGUUGAUAUAGUGGGUUCUUGUAAUGGGGUCUUUUGUUUAUCUUAUGGUGUUUAUGGCAAAUACACUGAUGGGGUCUUUUGUCUAUCUUAUGGUGUUUAUGGCAAAUACACUGAUGGAGCUGCUUUAUGGAACCCUAGUGUUAGAAAGAUUGUUAACAUUCCUUGUCCUAAUGUUACGUUUACCCCACAUGGAUUCUAUAAACAAUUACUUGGGUUUGGCUUUGAUUCCGCUACUGAUGAUUAUAAGCUUGUGAGAAUAGUGUAUUUGCCAGAUAGUAAUUUUAAAUUUGAUAAGAUUCCGCCUUUGGUUGAGAUUUACAGUUUGAGAAGUAGGGGUUGGAGAAAGGUUGAUAAUAAUGAUCUGAAAUAUGUCAUCGCUGAUUUGUCAACGUCUGCUUUUCUGAAUGGAACUUGUCAUUGGGUUGCCACUAAGCCACCUAAUGGGCCUGCUGCAUGCGAUGCGAUUGUGUCGUUUUCUUUGGGAGAAGAGGUGUUUGGGGAAAUGGAGGUACCAGAUUGUUUGGUUAAGAAAUAUUACUUUAUUGAUGUUGCAGUUUCUGAUGGAUCACUUUUGCUGGUUGCUAUUACGAAAUUGACUGAGGAAGGCUGCUUUUCAGUUUGGAAGAUGAAAGAAUAUGGUGUUCCAGGAUCUUGGACCAAUCUUUUCAAUAUUUCACAUUUGGCAGGGAUACGAAGGUUAGUUGCAUUUAGGCAAAGUGGUGAGGUUCUAUUGGCAAACAUAGCUGGAGGGCUAGUUUUCUAUGAUCCAAAGACAGAAGAAAUCUCGGCCACUGAAAUUUUGGGCAAUGCACGCUCCUUUUAUUUGGACACUUUAGUGGAGAGUCUUGUUUUACUCGAUGAAGCAAGUGGAGUUUCAAAUGAGCAUUCUGCUUCUCAUGGUGGCAUAGACAAGGACUUGCAGAAGAACAGUAAAGGGAACAAGAUUGCGGACAGUCCUACUAUACUGAACGAAGCAAAUGAAAUAUUGGAGGAGGUUGCAUCUAGUUCUAAUUCACAGAUAGUAAUUGAUGAAGCAAAUGAAGAAUCAAAGGAAGAAGCACAGGGAGAGUCCAUUUCUACAGAAUGA